UAUGUCCAUGGGCGGCGAUGACUGCUUCCCAUCAGGCGGCUCGCCUGCUCGUUUGCUGCCUAUUUAAUAAAAAAAGAAAGAGACAACCAGGUAUGGUACACGUAAACGAAGAACCUUGGCGAAGUCAACUCAAUUCUCAACAAUAUCUUAUAUCCUUAGAACUUAGAACAAGCAUUUUUACCGGUAACCACCUGUAUAAUAUAAGAACCUCAAUAGUUUAUCCACUGCCCUUUUUUCUAACAAGCAAGCGAACAUCGACAUCCUUUCAUCCUGGUAGGUACUAACAUAACUAAUGUUUCCAGUUCUCCUCGUAAAAGGCCGCACCGGCAAAGACCUGCUGAUGCUAAACGGUUACACCUACUACCAGCACAAGAUCCUCAAGGACGGGUUCCGCUGGAGCUGUACCCAGAUGGGCUCCAGGUCUUGCCGAGGGUUCCUUCACGUGACCCAUGAGAUGCUGGUCGUCAGGGCCCAUAUAGAGCAUACGCAUCCGCCUUCGACAUACUUCUUGGAGAAGAUAAAGCAGCAGUAUGCUAGAGAAAUUGAUCUCAAGAAAAGCUCAUCGGACGAGGACGAAACUUCCCUGUCUUCGCUAAAGAUUGCCAGCAUCCAAGGCCGCGUCGGGUUCUAGCCCACCAGUGCCAUAGCUUUUAUAAUUAUGUUUUAGAGGACUGAACUAGCUGGAGCAUCUACGACUUUGCUGUUAGGUUAUAAUACUACUUGCGCACUGGCAUAAGUUCUUUAGUGAUUAUUUAGUGUAGAAGUAGACAAAGCCGGGAAGCAAGCCUCCUGGCAAGGUACAGCGACGAUGUGGCGAAGACCGCUGAAUAAUAUUGAAUAAAGACAAUUUUGAAAUUUUCUGACGUUUUUCUGCCUCCUCAUAACGAGCUGAACAAACGCCGCACACAAGAUUUUGAGAGCUCGGUUGUAUGAAGUGGAUGCUCUGAUCUGUUUAGUCCUAUCUUAUGUCGACGAUGCCUCGAAUAAUAAGAAUCAUAAUAAAAUCAUAUUAAUCUUUACUUAUAAAACAAAAACUUAGAGUUUACUUUUAUAUGAGUAAGGUAGAUAUUUUAUGAAUUAAGCGCAAUAUU